AGCAAGGAAGUGGGGACUUAGUGGAUUUAAUGUUAGCCAGUGUGACUACUGACUAGCGACAGGUCAAUAGUUGGGUGGAGCGUUUCUCAGCGUAGCUGGAAACAGUCAUCGUUAUACCUCGAAUAAAAAGGGAUUUAAAAAUGGCUGAAGAGACUUCUGCAUCCACCCUCCUAACGAGAUUGAAAGGAUAUCUUAAAGAAGCACCAUUUUUUUGCAAAAUUAUCGAACUGAUUUUUUGCGUCAUUGCAGCAGGAUUGGUGGCAGGACCAUUUCAACAGAAUCAAUUUCGACCGACUAAUAUUCAUCAUAUAGCGAUAUUUUAUGUGGCAGUAUGCGGUUAUAUUCUUAUAAACGCGAUUCUUAUUAUGAGUCAUUUAUUAGGCGAACGAUUGCCGAAAAAAACGGCUCUCAUUUUUACAUCGAUGGGAGCGAUUCUGUGCUGCAUCGCCGGCCUCAUCCUGAUUCACGACUGGGACAAUUUCUCGACUAAUCUGAUUCACGCGUAUCUAGAGGAAUAUAGCGAUCAAAUGGUUGCGGCCGGUUCUUUCGCGAUCAUAGCUGCCUUUAUAUUCGCUAUAGAUACAUACUUCACUAACAAAUACGACUGAUCAUUCAGAGAAUCUCGAUUAUUACGAAAAUCGUUUCGUUCCCUAUUUCAUUUUCACAAAAAGGUAUUGUUUCACUAAUCGUUUCUAAAUGUUUUUGUGAAAAAUGUUCUUAGCUUUUUAUCGCAAGAAAUUCAAUUAUAUAAUUCAUGCCAAGCAAUGUUUGUAAUUGCUUCUUAUCAAAUAUAUUAUUUAUA